AUGAAGAGCACCUUUGAUCGAAUUUUGUCGAGGAGGAGCCGAGGAGGAGGAUUCGCUGUCUCAACACAACAAGUACAGCUUAAAGAGCUUUUUAAGAUUCCUAGUGAACGACAAGAAGAAAAGUCCGAAAUGAAAAGAUACUUGUCAGUGGCUCUGGUUCUGCUACUUCUUCUAGCUUUCUUUAGCAGCAAGUACAGCAUAGAGGGACGUUAUCUGUUAAGGAUGACACAUUCAAGUCAAGCUGUUAGAGAUUUUCAGACAAGCAAGGAUAUGAAAAAUGGAAAGCCACUUGGAGGAGAAAAUGAUAGCUUUCGAAGAAGAGUCCCUAGGAGUGGCUCAAACCCUCUACAGAACAAGUAA